AUGACUUCCUACAUGACUGGCAGCGAAGCCUACGCUCGCGAAAAUGCCACUUCAGCUACCUCCGGUGCGGCUCCGCAAGCCGCAUGGGCCGAUAAGUAUCGUGGGGCUACUAUCGAAGAUCUCGACCCCCCACCGGCCCUAUCAGUCUCUCCCAAUGAUCCCGUCUCCUCCGCCCUCAUGACCGCCUACGAGCGCGACUACACCCACCUCACCGUCAUCUCCUCCACCAAGCGAUCCCUCCUCGGUUACCUGAGCAUUCCCCGUCUGAAGGAGCUCCUUCACAGUGGCGAGGUCAAGGAGACAGACACCGUCGCCUCGGCAAUGCAGCGCUUCAACCGGAAGCGUGGCAUCUACCAGGUCAUCACAAUGGAGACGCCAUUGGAGGAACUGGAGCAGUUCUUCGAGAGCGAGACGGGUGCCAACGGUGACAAGCGCGAGAAGCAGCAAUUUGCAGUGGUCACGGACGUAACGCGAAAGUUCGUACUCGGAGUUGCUACCAAGGCGGACCUGGAGGAGUUCGUUAAGCGCAGACCGACCUAA